GAUCGGUGCUUAUAUUUUUAAUUUUUAAUUAAUAAAAAAUACAAACACACAUUAUAUAUUCAAUUCAAUUGAUACACAACAAGAGAUUGAAAUUUACAUUAUCUUCAGACCUCACCGCCGAUCUGCUUCAUCGUCAAUUCACUCCGGUUGUUAUUGAUAACAUUUACGAUUCUGGAAAAUGUCUUCUCCAAGCAAGAGGAGAGAUAUGGAUGUCAUGAAACUGAUGAUGAGUGAUUAUGCUGUGGAGCCGAUAAAUGAUGGACUUAAUGAAUUUAAUGUGGAAUUCCAUGGUCCAAAAGAAAGUCUAUAUGAAGGUGGUGUGUGGAAAGUUCGCGUGGAGCUUCCAGAUGCUUAUCCAUAUAAGUCUCCUUCUAUAGGGUUUCUCAAUAAAAUAUACCACCCUAAUGUUGAUGAAAUGUCGGGUUCUGUAUGCUUAGAUGUCAUCAACCAAUCAUGGAGUCCAAUGUUUGAUCUUAUAAAUGUAUUUGAAGUUUUCCUCCCUCAACUUUUGCUUUACCCAAAUCCUUCAGACCCCUUAAAUGGCGAUGCAGCAUCCUUGAUGAUGAAGGACAGAAAGCAAUAUGACGAAAAAGUGAAAGAAUACUGUGAGCGUUAUGCUAAGAAGGAGAAUAUCACCAGCAAGCCAGCAGAAGAAAGCGACGAAGAAGCAAGUGAUGAUGAUAUUAGUGAUGGACGAAGUGCCUCUAGUGAUGAUGUUGCCGGUCAUGCAGACCCAUAAAAGGAUAAAAUUGUUUUACUCCAUGUGCAUGGAUUUUAUGUUUAGUUGCCUGUAAGAUUAGAAAUUUAAAAAAGGACCUUUAGGUUUUGGCACAUGACGCCACACAUGCUUAAUUACUCUGUAAUCUGUGCUGCUUCAUAGGUUUACUUCGAAGAAAUGAGAUUUGCUUUUAUUA